AUGAGUACAUAUGAACCUGAAAAAUAUCUACCUACUAUAGAUGCGAUAUUAAGUGUUGCAGAUCUUGAACAAGUCAGUGUUAAAAAAAUGAGAAAAGCUAUUCAAGAGUUAUUUGGAAUAGACUUAACUCCUUAUAAAAAAGAAAUAAAUCAAACAAUUAUGGAUAGAUUUUAUUUACUUCAAGAUAAAAGAGCCAAACAAGAAAGAGAUGAAAUGGAAAAAAAAGAUGCAUUAUUAGCUGCAAAAUUAUCAAAAGAAGAUUCAAAACCAAUUAGAAAAAGUCGAGCUACAGUUAAAAAAUCAACAAUAAAAGACAAAGAUAAAUUAAAAAGAUCAGGUCCUUCGCCAAAUCAUGUAUUUAAUAGAGAAAUGUUUUUAAGUAAUGAAUUACUGGAUGUAUUGGGAGUAGAUAAAUGUUCAAGACCUCAAGUUGUUAAAAAAAUUUGGGCUUAUAUUAAAGAUAAUCAAUUACAAGAUCCUUCUGAUAAAAGACAAAUAAUAUGUGAUGAAAAACUUCAGAAUUUAUUCAAAAAGAAAUCAGUUGGAGCUUUCGAAAUGAAUAAAAUUUUAAGUCGUCAUAUUUUUAAACCGGAGGAAGUUGAUGAUGAAAGAACUAAACCAUCUGUGAAAAAAGAAUUAAAUCAAGAUCAAAACGAUGAAGAUAACAAUAACUAUAACGAUGAAUUUGCGGCUGAAAUUGAAGAUAAUAUUGAAAAAGACGCAUCACAAUUGGAAGCUGAAUUAAGUUCAGAGGAAGAUUGA